UGUGCUCACGUUCUCUCUCUCUCUCUAAAUAAAUUUGAGGCUUCAAGAAGUGAUUGUUUGGGGUCACCUUGGUGGAGCUCCCCGGAAGUGGACUUCCCGCGUACGGCUCUCCGGCGAUGCAUCUGUGAGGAAGGCUGGGUCGGGCAGUGGGGCCAAAGCUGAGGCUGCGGCCCUUCCCAGUGGAGCUCUGGGGUUGGGACAGCACUGGAGGCCCCAGAUGGAGAUUCUGACCUAGGAACUUGUGACAAAAAGGUGACUCUGGAUUUUGAAUUUCUGAGGAUGGAAAGCUGCCUAAGACAAUGUCAGAAACACUCACAGUGAUGGAGCCCCCUGCCGCUGAGCCUGGGGCAUUCCCCGAACCCAAAUUAGGGGGGCUUUUGAGAAAUCCAGAAGGGCAGAACCUGCGGAGCUGUGCCCCUCAGGAGGGAGGUUUCAGGCAGGUGACAGUUACCCACUGGAAGAUCCAAGCAGGAGAGGCAGCUUGGGUGGGCAGUAAAUCAGGAGAAAGCCCAGUUCUGAGCUCAAACCUCCUCCUCCUCCAGAGAGAGCUUGUGGAAGGAGAAGCCCACCAGUGUGAGACUUGUGGCCAGACUUUCCCAUUAAACUCGGACCUUGUAGGACAUCAGAUUGCUCAUACUGGGGAGAAGAAACCUUGCAGAUGUGAGCAGUGUGAGAAAAGCUUCAGCCAGAGCUCCCACCUUGCUGAGCAUCAGAGAGCUCACACAGGAGAAAGACUCAUCGUGUGCAACAUGUGUGGGAAAGACUUCAUUCACUACACAGAACUCGCCGAGCACCAGAGGGCACAUGCAGGAGGAAAGCCAUUCCGAUGUGUGCAGUGCGGGAGAGCCUUCCAUCACAGCUCAGACCUGGUUCGGCACCAGCGAGUUCACACCCGGGAGAGGCCUUUCGAAUGCAAAGAGUGUGGGAAAGGCUUCAGUCAGAGCUCCUUGCUUAUUCGCCAUCAGAGAAUUCACACAGGAGAAAGACCCUACGAAUGUAACGAAUGUGGAAAGUCUUUCAUUAGGAGCUCAAGCCUUAUUCGACAUUAUCAGAUCCACACAGAAGUGAAACAGUAUGAAUGUAAGGAAUGUGGGAAGGCCUUCCGUCAUCGCUCAGACCUCAUUGAACAUCAGAGAAUUCACACUGGAGAGAGGCCCUUUGAAUGUAAUGAGUGUGGGAAAGCCUUCAUUCGAAGCUCAAAGCUUAUUCAGCAUCAGAGGAUCCAUACUGGGGAAAGGCCUUACGUAUGCAAUGAGUGUGGGAAGCGUUUCAGUCAGACAUCAAACUUUACUCAGCAUCAGAGAAUUCACACUGGAGAGAAGCUCUAUGAAUGUAAUGAAUGUGGGAAAGCUUUCUUUCUGAGUUCAUACCUUAUUCGACACCAGAAAAUCCACACUGGAGAGAGAGUGUAUGAAUGUAAGGAAUGUGGGAAAGCCUUUCUCCAGAAAGCUCAUCUCACUGAACAUCAGAAAAUCCACACUGGGGAUAGGCCCUUUGAAUGUAAAGACUGUGGGAAAGCUUUCAUUCAGAGCUCCAAGCUGCUUCUACAUCAGAUUAUUCAUACUGGAGAAAAGCCCUAUGUAUGUAGUUAUUGCGGGAAAGGCUUUAUUCAGCGGUCAAACUUCCUUCAGCACCAGAAGAUUCAUACUGAAGAGAAACUCUAUGAAUGUAGUCAAUAUGGGAAAGAUUUCAACCCGACCCCAAACUUUAAAAAUAAUCAAGGUGUUCACCAGGAGGGACUUCCCUUGAAUAAGACCCCCACCAUACAUUUGGGCGAGAAGUCUGCAGGUCAGGGGGUGCUCACAGCUGACUUACAGUCCUUCUCCCGCUGAGUGAGUGAUGUUUGGAAGGGAGUGGCACAAGUCCACAUGAUUCCAUUCAUGUGACUUGGGAUGUGCCCGCAUUUCCCAAAGUCCUAGGCAGGGUUGCUUUCAGAGUGGGCUGUCCCCUACCGCCAUGCAGCAGUGCUGGGCUGCUGUCCUCAGCUAGGAGCGUGUGACCUCAAGAGGGCCACGAGACUGCACAAGUGACUCUGGGCUGGAACAGUGCUGGGGGAAGGGCUGGGUCUCGAAGAAGGCUCUGUAUCGUAUUGCCAGCUACAGCCCACCCCUGAGUUAAGUCCUUUUUAAAGCAGAACUAUGAACCUCAUCUCAGUACUUACGAGAAUAUUACUUCGUAAAUUUUGAUACGUUAAAAGGGCAAGUUGGAGAAAGGUCUUUCUUACUUAAAGUCACAGAUUGGUUCCCUGUUGUCCUUAGGAUGCUUCCCAAGCACCCGGUCCUGCUUUCUCAGGCCUUUUUGCUUCCUGGAGUUUCAUCCACUCCUUAACCAGUCACCACGUGGUGUGUGUCGUGGCAACACACACUGGUCAACGCUCACUGGUCGACACUCCCACUUAACCAAGCGGCUCCUGCCUCCUCAUCUCUGUCCUUGUUUGAGUGCGGUCUGCUUUACACCUGACUAACUCCUCAGGCGUCGUGCUGGGCUCAGCCAGCUACCUCCCCAACCCUGGGCUUGUGUGGCUAGUGAGCACUCCGUUACUGCUCACUCUUUGGUAUAUCAAAGUUAAGGGUUUUUAAAUCUACUCUCACUUUCGUUUUUACACUGUUGUUUCCUUAUGGACAUGAUCACAGCUGAUUGACUUAUGUGUCCCUGCAUCUAGUGCGAGGCAAUAAAGAGCACACCCCAGAUCUUGUGUGAUUGGCACCUCUCUUGCUCUGUCCCUUCUCUACUGCUAGAUAUUAAAUUUGGGGAUCCUGUCAUUUGUGAUGGCAUAAUUUACCCGUCCACGGGAAGUAUCUGGUCUCUCAACCCUGUUGAUGUCCCCUUGUACCUGACUUGGAAGCUGUAGCAGCAGCUAGUGUAGGACUAGCGUGCCUCAUGCUUACUGCCUCUAGAACUCGCCCGUGACUUGUGCACUUGCUGUUGGGGAGUGCUGUCUUUACGGGGCUGCCUGUGCGGCUUUCUCAUCCACUCAAGGGGCACACAUUCCCGUGCACUGAGCGAGGUUUUCUGGCUCACUUUGUCAUUUAUUUGAAGAUGUGAUCUAGAAGGACCGGUGCUGGACUCUGGGAAAGCAGGUGAAGCUGUUUGGUCCGCUGGGGAAGACACGUGAUACCCAGUGGCAAGUGUGAGGCAGAAGCCGCCAGUUGUGUAGGACAUCGGUCAGGUGGGGAUGAGGUGGGCAUGGAGGGUCUGGGACAGCUUAACAGAAGAGGUGACGCCGGGACCGAACGAGCCGUGGCAGCUCAAGAAAGAGAGUGACCUGGGAGAGGACCCUGCAGUGCAGGGGGGCGGCAGACUCCUCUUCUGGUAGUUUUCACCGCACAGUAGCCGACAGCACUCAACUUUACACUUGUUGCCUCUCAACUUCUUUUCUCUGACAUGAGCCAAAUCAACCAGUUUUGAAAUGACAUAAACCAUUUUUUUUUGCCCAUGAGGGCAGAUUUUGAGUUCUUAAAUUCCAGCAACCUUAGAAGCCUCCGGGGGCAAGUGAGAAAGGAGCAUACAGCACUGCAUCUUCUGGAAAACUCCUUAUCGCUAGAGAUGUUUCACGUGGUACAGAGGAGAUAGUACCAGCGCACCAGCGUCGCCUUGAUGAGGCGCAGUCUCCGUGCGGUAACACGCCUCCUCAAAGUGGACGGGGUUUUGAGAAACCAUAUACCUGUGUGACCACCAUUAGAAUGAAGAAUGAUAACAUUUUCUCACACAGCAUUGUGCCAUUUGCCCUUCCCCAGCUAAUCCCACCCUAGUCCCGAGUAACUGCUUUCUGUCGGCGUAGCUUAGCUUUGCUUGUUGUAGGCCUUCACGUUAAACAGACCCGUAUGGUAUAUAAUACUGCGUGUCUUGAUUUGCUUUGCUUUGCUUUGGCAUGUUUUACAGACUCACCCAAGUAGUUCUGUGUUUCGGGAUCUCUGCUGAGUAGUGUCCGUUGUACGGACAAGCCAUUUGUUAUCCAACUGCCUGCUGAUAGAAAUUUGGGUUUCCAGGUUUGGAUCUGACGAAUAAAACUGCUAUGAGCAUUUGUGUAAAAGUA